AUGUCAGAAGAGGAAGGAAAAAAAGGUAUUACUGAGGAAAUAACAAACGAAAAAUCCAAAUUAACUAAUGAAGAAGACAAACAAGAACACAUCACAGAAAAAACAGAGGAGGGAGAAGAAACUGAAGAAGUUUUAGAGGAAGACGAAGAAGUAAAAGAACUUAACGAAGAAGGUAAACGAAUGGUAGAAUUAAAGAAAGUUGGUGAAAGAAAACAAGAAAAAAAACAUGAAGUUACUUCUCAAGAACUUACUGCUGGUAAGAAAGUGAUUGAGGCAUUAGAAAAAAGAAAACAAGCACAAAGUCAUGAAGAAGAAUUACUCAAAAAGAUUAAAGAUGAAGAGGUUGUUCCACAUGAAGGAGAAACAAUAGAACAAGCCAAAGAACGAAUUGUUCAAGAAAUGAUUGAAAAAGAAAGAAAAGGAAGUAUUUUUGAAGACACAGAUAGAGCUAAAGAUAAGAAAUUGAUUAGUAACAUGUUUGAUGUUGAUGUAGCACCAUAUGAUACAUUAUUUGAUAUUCAAUGGGGAAUGAGAUCAAAUACUGCAGCAGUAAGAGAGCCAAGAGGAUAUAUUAUUGAUGGUGUAUUUCCAUUUUUAAUCGAUAAAGAAGAAGAAGAGUCUCAAUAUGGUAUUUUUUGUCAUGAAAAUGUUUAUAUUUAUUUAGCUCCAGGUAAAUCUGCAGAAACGUUUAAUAUCUUUUGUUGGUAUGGAAACAAUUCAUCAGUAGGUAAAAAAGGAGUUUGUGCUAUGUUAGCAUCACAGCUAAGUGUAUGUUUAGAUAAUCACGCUAAAAUAUAUUAUGAAGUUGAUGGGAAUGAGUCUGAACUUUUUAAAGAAAUGUUUGAAGAAGGAAUUACAUAUACUGAAGAAAAUGCAACUGACGAAUUACUUCAUCCACCAAAGAAAGAAAAAAGGAAAUUACGAUUAUUUAAAAUUGAUGAAGUUUAUAAAAAUUUAACUCGUGUAGAACAAGUAGAACCAAAUCAUGUUUCAUUAACUCCAUAUGAUGGUUUUGUAGUUAAGAAUAGAGCACUUCAAUUUGCAAUGGUAUUAAAAGCACAAAAUAAUUAUGAAGAAUCAGAAGUUUUUAUGGAACCAUCACCAAAAAUGUUACUAUUUUAUAGGGCAUUAAAAUUAGAUGAUAUGAAUUAUAAUGAGUUAUGUGAAUAUAUUAUGAAAGAGUAUAAGCCAAUUGAAACUAAACCAUCGUUUGGAAUGUUAAUGAGAUUUACACAUAACACUAAAACAAGUCAAAUUGUUAAAACAAUUAAACCUGAUAAUAUUCCAUUAACAAAAAAAAUGCUAAGAAGUCAUAGAUGUUAUGUAUAUGAUUGUGGAAAUGAAAUAUUUAUGUGGAAAGGAAAGAAAUGUUCCAGAAAAGAAUGGGAAUUAUUAAAGAUGUUGGCUAAUAAAGUAAUUAUGAAAAUGGUAGAUCGUCCAAAAUGGUGUAAAAUUCAAGACGAGUUUGAAGGAAAAGAAACAGAAGCAUUUAAAUAUCAUAUCGCAGAUUGGGAUUACACAACUACAAUUAUUACUGAUGAUGAUUAUGAAAAACAUAUUAGUUUAUUAUCUAAACGUAUUGACUAUAACGCUCUUGUAAUAAAAGAAAUUAACGAAGCAAAAAAAGAAUUUGAAAAAGCAAAUGAAGAACAAAAGAAUAAAGAUAAUAAAGAAGAAAAUAAUACUUCUAAACGAUUUAAAGAAAAUAUACAAAAGAAAAUUCAAUUACUUGUUGGAAAAAAAGAUCCUAUUAUUUAUGACUACAAAUGGGAUAUUGAUGGAUAUAAAUUAAAAAUCCAAUCAAUGAUGGAAAAAAAAUGGGAACCAACAGUAUUAACUAAAGAUACAAUUGACUAUGAAUUAAAAUAUAAUAUUACAGAGACAUUAAAAUUAACUGAUAUACAAAUUUAUGCAUUUGUUGAUAUCAUUGGGCCAAGUAUUUUCAGAAUUCCUCCUGAAAAAUAUGGAGAAUUUUAUGAAGAAAACUCAUAUAUUGUCUCAGUAGAAAAAUGGGAUUUUGAGAGAGAUAUCUGGAGAAGAGAUUUUUACUUUUGGGAAGGAAAAAAAUCAACUCCUUUAUACUAUUCACAAUUCUUAAAAAAAAAUUAUCCUGUCCUUGUUGAAUAUUAUGAAAAAAAUAAAAACAGAAAAGAAAAUGAAAUGAACGCACGACAAGCAUCUGAGAACCGUAUUAUUUUUAACCAACAAAGAGUGUUCCAAGGUUGUGAACCUAAAAUAUUUGCAGAAUUAUUUAAUUUAAGGAUUGUAGUAAAAAGAGGUAAUUAUAAAGACACUAUUGUUAUACAAGAAGAUAAUACCAAUUAUGAUGACGAAGAGAAUGAUGAGGGUUAUGAGUAUAGUGAUGAGGAAGGAGAAGAAGAAGUAGAAUACUACGAUGAAGAUGGAAAUUUAAUUGAGCCAGGAGAUGAUGAUGAAUGGGAAUAUGAAGAAGAUGAAAUAGAAGAAGAAAAACCAGAAGAAACAGAGGAAAACAAAAAGAAUAAUGAUUCAAAAGAAGACAAUGAAAAUAAUGAAACAGAAGAUGGAGAAAAGGAACAAGAAAUUGAUAACGAAAAAAAAGAUGAAGAAGAAAAAAAGGUAAUUGUUAAUAGAUUUUUUGAAAUUAGUAUGGAAGAUAGAACACAACGUAUUGAAGAAUUAAAUCUUGAAGAUGAGAAUGUUGGGAAAUAUAUUGAAAGUCAUAGGUGUUAUGCUCUUCAAACAUUAUACUCUGUAUAUCUUUGGAUAGGCAAACAAACAGAUCAAAUUUCUAGAAUUCAAGCAAUUAGAAGCGUUAUAACACUAUUGGAAGAAGAUAGGGAACUUGUAUGUUUUGAAGAAGGAUUUCAUUAUAACGAAUUUUGGGAUAUUCUUCAUGGAGUGGAGAAAGGUUAUUUAAGUCUCUCACCAAAAGAUCUUGGAUUAGCUGCUCCAUUAACAUAUGAAAUAACACCAUUUUCACAGAAUUUUGUUCGAAUUGGAAUGAAUUGGAAACAAGCUGAUCCAUCAUCAUGUUACAUAUUUGAUUGUAUGACACGAAUAUAUGUAUGGAUGGGAGAUGAGAGUAUUCCUUUACAACAAAAGUACGCCAUUAAGGUUGCAUAUGAUUAUGCAGAAGAAAGAAUGAAAGAAAGAAAAAUAAACAUUGAAGUAAUAACUGAGCAUUGUGGUAAAGAAAGUGAUCAUUUCCUUAGGAUGAGUGGAGGAGAGAGAAUGGAGUAUUAUGACUUACAAAAUGAUCCAAGAGAAAUAUAUUAUAAUUUAAAGAAAGAGAAUUGGAUUGAGUUACCAGAAGAAGAAAAAAUAAUAGAAAAAAAUCAAGAACUUAAAAUUGAUUGGAGCAAAGUAAAUGAAGAUGAAUUUAAUAAUAAAAUGAAAGAAAGUAGGAAUCAAGGAAUUAAAGAAUUACAAGAAAAAGAAAAGUUGAAGGAAAAAGGCAAUAAACUACUUCUAGAUGAAUGGAAAAGUAAUAAAGAAUUAAAUGAUUUUAUUAAAACGUUUAAGGACGAAGAUACAGAUAUAGAAAGUCUUCCUGACGAAGACAAAGAAUGCAAAGAAGUUACUACUAAACAACUGAUGGAAGAUAUCAAAAAAGAAGAAGAUAAAGAAAAACAAGAAAGAGAUGAAAUUGAUAAAAUGAUAGAAGAAGAACUAAAAGAAAAAUAUGGCGAUAACAUUGAAUAUGUUGAAGAAGAUGAUAAUGAAGAAGAGUGGGAAGACGGUGACUGGGAAUAUGAAUAUGAAGACGCUGGUGAGUAUGAAGAAGGUGGUGACGACGAAUAUGAAAAAGAAGAAGAUGAUGAGUAUGAAUAUGAAGAAGAAAGUGAUGAUGAAAGUGAAGAGUACGAAAGUGGAGAAGAAGAUGAAGAUCAAUUAGAAUAUAAAAAGAAUGUCACUGAGUCAAAAGAAAAAACAAUUGAAGACCUUAGGAAAGAAGAAAAGAAGAAAGAAGAUUUAGAAAAGAAACAAAGAAAUAAAGCAGUAGACAAGAAGAACGCAUAUCUAAAUGAAGUUGUUGCUUGUGAUUACUGUUAUGAAGAACACCCAAGAUAUUUAUUAAGAAAAAACAUUGUUGCAGACGAUAUGGAAAAUGGUAUCUGUUGGGAAUGUUGGAAAAUUUAUUUCCCUGAUGAAAAAUGGCCUGAUUUAGAACACAACAAAUAA